AUGGGAAUGAAGGAAACGCAGGUCCGUAGUCCUACACCACAGGGAGAGGAGAGCAACCGUUACGGACUUGGGCAAGACACGAACCCCGCGGCCCUGCCAGCGACGGCCACGUUGGCGCCACCGGAGGUGGAGAUGGAGCCGGAGGACGAUGCCAUGGCCCUCGCGUCGGACGCCGCGGCGCCUGAGCUCCCAUCGUCGCAGCUCGAUUUUUUCAAGACCAGAGUUCGAUUGUUAUGUGAUAGCAACGCGGGAGAUUUUGAUGCUUGGGUAUCAUUAAUAAAUGCUGCAGAGGGAAAAUCAGCAGAUGACAUAGAAGUUAUAAGCUUGGUAUACCAUAGCUUCUUGUUGGAAUUUCCUUUGUGCUAUGGUUACUGGAUCAAUUACUGUGGGUUUGGUAUAUCUGCAUUUGAAGAACCUGCUCAUAUCAGAAGUUUAUUCGAGAGGGCUUUAUCUCUUGUUGGAAAGGACUAUUUGUGUUAUCACCUGUGGGACAUGUAUAUAGAAUUUGAAACCUCUCAGAAGCAGCUGAUUCAGCUUGCCACCAUUUUAAUCAACACACUGAAAUUUCCCACAAAGAAGUUGCACAUGUAUUAUGAAAGUUUUAGAAAGUUUGUAACAUUAUUGGAACAAGAGGUGACAAGUUGCGUUUCUGAAAUUUUAUCAGAAGAAACACAUGCUUCUGAAAUGAUAGGCGCUGAAGAUUCUGAAUUGGAUAUAUCAACUAUUAUUGCUGACUUAUUUGACCAAAAAGGUGGGCAUCUUAGUCCUGAAGCAUUGAAGCAUUACUUAUCUGCUGGGGAGAGGCUCUACAAAAGGUCCAGCAAGAUUUACAAAGAAAUCUGUUACUUUGAGGCAUCCAUAAAAAGGCCUUUUUUUCAUGUCAAGCUACUUGAUGAUGAUCAGCUUGAAAACUGGCACCAGUAUCUUGACUUUGUGGAGAAGUAUGGGGAUUUUGACUGGGCUGUAAAACUUUAUGAGAGGUGCUUGAUCCCUUGUGCUAAUUAUUCGGAGUUUUGGAUACGCUACUCAGAGUAUGUCGAUGCUAAAGGCGGCCGAGAAAUUGCAAACCAUGCUCUGGGUCGAGCAUCAUCAUGUUUUGUAAAGGAAGUUCCAACUUUCUGCAUGUAUUAUGCCUUGUUUAAAGAGCAAAUUGGUGAUGCACUGGCUGCGCGCUCUCUUUUUACUAAAGCAAGAAGUUACUUCAGUUCAGGGUUUUAUGCAAAUAUUAAUAGGCUGGCCAACAUGGAAAAACGAAUGGGAAAUACUAAAGCAGCUUCUGAGAUAUAUCAGACAGCAAUUGAGGAUGCAAUGCAGAAGAAGAAUAUAGAGUUGCUUCCUGACCUGUACAGCAAUUUUGCUCAGUUCAUAUAUGCAGCAAGUCAUAGCAUUAUUGAGGCUAAACAAGUCUUUGUCAAGGGAAUAAAUCGGGCACCCUGUAAACCGUUGAUUAAGGGAUUCAUACAGUUCAUGAGUACACAUGGAGGGCCUAAAGACAUACCUCUUCUUGAUUCUGUUAUUUCUAAUGCCGUGACUCCAGGAUCUGAUGUAUCUACAGCCUUAAGCACAGAGGACCGUGAAGAUAUCUCAUUGUUGUUUUUGGAGUUUGUUGACCUCUAUGGGGGCAUUAAAGAACUCAGAAAGGCAUGGGCUCGGCAUAGUAAAUUGUUUCCUCACAGCACUGGGAACAUUUCACGGCAUUAUUCUACUAUGGGCAAUAGCCUUCAAGAGACUAACAAGAGGAGAAAAACAGAACCUUUGAUGGUUGCUCGUGAUCAUUCCUUAGCACCCAAAGCUGAUGAUUAUUCUCUUAAAGUUGAUAAGGAGAGUGAACCACAAGUGGACAAGGACAUUGUGGAUUCAGGAAAAGGACAUAGGGAUGCAGGAGAGCAGAAAGCUUUAGAGAUUGUCAAUUCACAUAAAGAGACCAUCAGGGCAGCUCAGGAAUGCACUGACAUGGUUCACAGUGAACAUAUCCUGGACAAAAAUGGAAUGCAGAAGCAAAUGAAUUCACAUGCCAAAGAAGAGACUAAUCAAGAUCUAAUCUUGCAUGAACAAAAUGAUGAGAAAACAAAUUCUUGUGACGUGGAGGCUCCUGUAGCUGAGUCAGGUGACUGUGAUUCUCCUUCCAAAGCAAUCGCUAGCUCUGAGAACAUCAAUUCUCAGGGCAAGGUCAUUGUGGAAUCUGCAAGCAGCCAUCUAGAAACAGUAUGCUCCAAAUAUGACUCACUGUCUGGAUCAAACAUGCACAAAGAAGGAAAUUCUGCUGGUCCAGCUCGAAUGUCUCCAGAGCUGGAGGAAAGGCAACAUGUGGAGGUUCAGGUAAAAGUCGACACAGAGCAUGAUUUGUCUGUCAGUAAUGCAAACCUAGAGAGGUCUUUUGAUGGUCCAAAUCCAACUGAAUGUGACAAGGAAAUCUCUGCCAUUGGUCAUGGGAGUCAAGACCAUAUUCAAUCUUCGCAGUCACAUGAACUCUCAGCCUGUGCAAAACCUUUGAGCUUGGACUUAGCGAAAACAAAAUCGGAUACUGUCGGUUUUCAAGCUCAACUUCGACACCAGGUGGGGAAUGCUCAAACACAUCAAUCUAAUAACCUUUCACAAAACAUGCAACAGCAAGAGCUUACAAUGGCUCAGAAUGUUCAAACAUCUGCACAGAUUCAUGAUCAAUUGUUUGCACAGUCUAAUCACGGAAACCAACAAUAUCUCCAAGUGAUGCAAGGGUAUGCAUCACAAAUGGGGCAAUAUUACCAGCAACAACUGUAUUACCUGCAGGCUCAGCACAAUCAACAGAUGCAGAGUCUUCAACAGCAACAGCUUCCAACUGAGCAUCUUCAGCAAAAUUUUAUGCAGCAAGUACAACAACUGAACCAGCAAAUGGUACUUUGGCAGCAACAAGUGCAGCAGCAGCAACAAGUAGUACUACAACAGGCACUGCCAGUCCAGCAACUUCCUGAUGAAAAACAGGGUCAGUGUCCUUCCGGGGAUACCAAACACGACCAAAAUAAACAGCAGCAACAAGCUCCUCAAAUGGAUCAACAAAGCCAGCAGUUGCAGCAACAACAGCUUCUUUAUCUCCAGCAACAGCAGCAGCAGCAACAACAAAUGUAUCUUAUACAGCAACAGCAGAUGUAUCAACAACAGCAAGCUCAGCAACAGCAGCUCUUUCAGCAGCAGUUAAUGCAACAACAACAGUAUGUACUGCAGAUGCCACAGCAACAGCAAGACUCAGUUCAGCAGCAACAGCAACAGCAGCAACUGUUUCAGCAACAACAGCAGCAGAUGAUGCUUCUUCAGCGACAGCAGCAACAGCUUAUGCAACAACAGAUCCAACAGUACUUGCAACAGCAACAAAACCAACAAGGGCCCAAGGAUCAGGCUUACAAGUCAAAUCCUCAGGAUGGAAGGAACAGGCAAAUGGAGCAUGGGUAA